AUGGGUGGUUCAUCGGCGGAUCCGACCCAGCGCGAGGCGGAUCAGCGCAUCAUGGACGCUAUGAUGAAUGAUCUCGGAAAUACUCGUCUUGAAGAACUUGCUAGAGAUACUGAUGAAGAUCGACGUCGGAGUCGUCAGACCUUCCAAGUGAACCGCCGUCCACUCUCGACGCAACGCGAGGAACGACCUUCAGCAAAUGACCCUGCUGCGGGCUGGAAGAAUGCAUUUAACGAGGGUUUGUUUAACGACUCCGAUUAUCAUGCGGUCAAAGAUCUUGACUCGCUCGAUGACGGGAAUGCCCAUCGCCUAAACCGAGUUGCAGCGAAACCGGGAAUCGGGGGCGGUGGGAAUCCUGCUGGCUACAACAGCCGGCCUCUGGCCUUUACUUCUAAGGGGAAUGUUCCGACAUAUGAUCCACUGAAUCCCGGUUAUUUUAAGAAGCCAAAACAGCUCUCCCAACCCCUUCCACCGGGACAUAGGGAAACUUCACUAGGUGGUAUUGUGCCACCUGGGGUUGAGGUGAGACGAUGGGACUCUAAACGAGCGGAACAAGCCGGUAACCCAGUUCACUUCACCCCUAUGCCCAAUAUACCUGGUACCAGACGCGUUACACCGGUCCAGGUGAGAUCGCAACGACUUCCUACUCCAGGCGUAUUAGGACGUGGCGCUCCGCUGCGGUUGCAACCUUCUCUCAUGCCGCAUGAGCAAACGAAUACUCUGCUCCCGCACCAGAGACGACCAGCUGGACUCGUUCACAAUACGCUUGAUCAAAGCGGUGAAACUCAUGUCACUGGUGGGAAUUUGAUCCAAACCGCGACGCUUAAACUAGGUCGAGUUAUUUUCCGAGAUGAAGAUGUUGCUAUUAUGCUUGUCGUUGGACUAGAUGAAUUUAGCCCUGGCCAAGUUUCCCUCCAUGAAAGACCGAAUGGUGCCGUUAUCUGGAAUCUAAGUAUCAAUAAUGGCAGAGCGACAAGAGGCGAUAUCCGUCUCUGCUUGCAACCGUUCCAAUAUGGAAGUAGCGUUCAUCUUCGACGACAAGAUAAUGAGGCUUCCGAUGUGCGAUCGAGUCAGAUACGAUUCGGCAGUAUUUCAACUGCGCAGAAGUUCGAAGGAGUAGUAAAGUCUUGUCGGAAGCAACAGGAGAAUUCUCGCAUACCAAUCCUCAUGGAAAAGAGUGAAUCCGAGCCCGUACCCGAGCUGGAAAUUGAGACAGACAGCAAGGACUCGGAGAAGAGAGAUGGACAAGCUCCAGAGAAUCAUGUGUCUAAAACUGACCGCACUAGAGUCGACACCAUGGCUUCUAUACCCCUUAAGCCUACAUCCCCUAAACCUAUCCCGAGCACGGAGAUCACGAAUGAAGAUUUGAUUGAUCUUAGUUCUCCUGAAUCCCUUAAGAGACCGAAGUCUCCUAUGGACCUUAUAGACCUGGGUUGCCAUGAACAGUCAAUAGUUGAUUCUAUAGGCGAUGCCGAGCCAGCUAGUCUCCGAAGAGAGCCUGUAAUCGCAGCGUCUAUCAAAAGCACAUUCCCUACGAUCGCCCGAUCUCAAACCAUUUCGCCAUCAGUUACGACACAGUAUAGUGUUAGCUUCAGCACAGCUACGGUUAUUUCUACCUCACAACUCGAGCAGGACGUUGUGACAAUCGAAGCGAUCACAGCUGGUGUGGGGAUGUCUCAAGAUUCCCUUCGCGUACUUUAUUCCCUAACAACCAGAGACUACAGGCGCAUGAUAAAAAUAAGCCGAAACCUUUUGGAAUAUCUCAUGUGGGCUCAUAGUUCAUCAUCAAUAGCGCCCAUUAAACAAGCGGCAAUGCAGGUCGCGACGAUGCAACUUAAGCGAUAUGAGGAAUUCGGGGACCUGAAUCAAGACGAGCAGAGAAAGGCAAUUGCAGUCUUAUAUGCGAAUAUCCUACAUGGAAACGCUCCGAUUAUUCGCUCGGUCGACGAGAUGAUCAUGUUGCGACAAUACGCGCGCCCCUGCCCCCCUAGAGUUCGCCGUUUUAACGAAUUUUUCUUCAGAGUGACUGAACGCUUGGGAACGGAGCAGCCAUCCACAAGCAACAAUGCUUUCGUCUCAAAGGCUUCACAGCCAAUGGAAAAGCAUCUGGAAGAUGCGCGACCUGUGCAUGAAAAGCAACGGUCUGCACAGGAAGAGAAACUUAUUGAAAUAGAAGAACGACCUGAAGAGGAGACGGUAGAGAAAACCAACAAAUUCUUGGCUCUACUAAGGUAUCAUAACAGAGACGCUGUAAAAUCAGUCCAACUAGAGGCCAAUACCUUGACGUACGCAAUGAGCAACUCAUCGGCGUCUACUAUACGGACUGAUGCAGUCCUCGUGCCACGUACCAACUCAAUGCAGGAGACGGAUGCUUCUACAGACCGUACGCCGACAGUUCAUGGCAUUAAUUCCUCUCGUUGGGCAAAUCAGUCGCGCGAUACAUCUACGAGCAAUGUCGAUACGGAGAGCCGUCGCAACUCCCCAGUACCAAGUCACGGACGAACCGCAACGGGCGACCUAAGUUCCCUUUCGGGCAUCACGGCGCGACUUGCGACGCUCGAAUUGGUUGAUGCACUUAAUUAGUCGUUUCCUCCUAGAGUUCUUAUUUAACAUACCU